AUGUCUAAUGACGGAGAAGAAAUGAGAUUUAGAGGCGUGAGAAAGAGGAAAUGGGAAAAAUAUGUGGCCGAAAAUACGUCAGGAAAGAGAUCGCGCAAGUCGCUGGGGUCAUACUUCACUCCUCAAGCUGCAGCUCGAGCUUAUGACACUGCCCUCUUGUGCCUGCGAGAGCCCAACGCUUCCUCUUUGAGUUUUCCAGACUCUCAGUUCAACUCAACUGUAUUGGAGAUGGCAGCUGCACAGAGCAGUCCUUCACCCGACGUUAUUCGAACAGCAGCCAUUGCGGGAACUAGUGAUGGAGAUAUUCCUAUCAUUGGCAAUCUUCCUAUUGUAGCUAAGUUUGAGAAGCAUGAAGGUGUUGUAGGAACUUUGUCUAAUGAAGAGUGGUAUAGUAUACUAGAAAUUAGGGGUUAUUCAUUAAAAAAUAAGAAGACUAAAGAGUGGAAGAAUAAAGUUCAGGGUAAGAGUGAAAAUGAAACUGUGUCAUUUUGA